UAAACCCUGAAGGUGGGGGUUUUACAGUUUAAAUAUACACAGUUUGAACCAAAGCAGUAAAAGCCACUGGUGCAGUAUUUGUAUAUACCUUGACUUUUAAAAGAAUGUUUAAAUAAAAGCAUUUACUUUAAUAAAAUGCAUACCAAAGGGCUCAGUUGGAUAGCAUAUAUACAAUUAUGCCAGCAAUUUUGAAUAGAUCAUAGGUAUCUACUAUAAUUAGAACUUUUCUGUAGUUUUACUGUUUAGUGUUUGAUGUUUGUGUCAGUUUAAAUCCCUUUGCAUUUCAAAUUUAAUAUGUACAUAUAAUUGUAGUCAUUUUUUAACUAUUAAAUCUUGAUUUUUGAAGUUUUGGGAUCAUUUAGCAGUCUAAUUGUGGCCAAUGUUGAAUGAAACUUCCGUUUAAUUCAGAUUAGAUACUACGUAAACUUCUAGCAUGAUGGGGCAGAAUAAUCCGGAUGAAAUAGUGGAAAAUUGAUAUUUUGGGAAAAUACAGCUUGCUUAGCUGAUCAGUUGUGAUUUUUUUCAAUCUCAAUAAAUUUAAAUCUUAUUUAUCAGAGUUUCGGGUAAACUGAGGUGAACUAGAAUGUGAGACGGUACCAGAGGAGUUUUUUUCUUCCCUUCCCUCCUCCACCUUCAACUUCACUUGUAAUAUGUAUUGAGUGGAGUCACGGUAGUUUAGUAGUAAUUUUUUUAUUGUUCUUUUAUUUUUACAUCCAAAGUAGGUGUCACCAGAGGAAUUAAAAGUAACAAAAAAAGCUCAAACAACAAAACAAAACCACAAAUUUCAAUUAGCACAUACUUUGGUUUUUCUUUUUAUUUUUGUUUUACUGGUUUGGUUAUUUGCCAUUUCUGGGGAUUAAACUUUAAAAAAUGUUCUUCUUUUCUGUAUCUGAUGUUCUGUGUGCUAUUAGUGAUGCAGCCAACACGAACGGUUGUCAUGUGUAAAACAACUUUCGAUCACCGCGAAAACACCGCCCUGGGAAAGCGUCCAUGCUUGAUAUCGUUUGGUUCAUGAACAUUAAGUUUCCAGUACAGGUAAAAUCCCAGAUGAAGCCAAAGCCCUUUCCCUGUUGGCGCCUGCUCCUACUAUGACAAGUCUGAUGCCUGGUGCAGGGUUGCUUCCUAUACCUACACCAACCCCUUUGACUACACUUGGUGUUUCACUUGGCACUUUGGGAGCUAUACCAGCAGCAGCAUUGGACCCUAACAUUACGGCUCUGGGAGAAAUACCACAGCCACCAAUUAUGGGGAAUGUGGAUCCAUCCAAAAUUGAUGAAAUCAGGAGAACAGUCUAUGUUGGAAACUUGAAUUCACAGACUACAACAGCAGAUCAGCUGCUUGAAUUCUUUAAGCAAGUUGGAGAAGUCAAAUUUGUGCGAAUGGCAGGUGAUGAGACACAACCAACAAGAUUUGCUUUUGUGGAAUUUGCAGACCAAAAUUCUGUACCUCGAGCUCUUGCCUUUAAUGGAGUUAUGUUUGGAGACAGGCCACUGAAAAUAAAUCACUCCAAUAAUGCAAUAGUGAAGCCUCCUGAAAUGACACCACAAGCUGCUGCCAAGGAACUGGAAGAAGUGAUGAAGAGAGUCAGGGAAGCCCAGUCUUUCAUAUCUGCUGCUAUUGAGCCAGAGUCUGGAAAGAGCAGUGAAAGAAAAGGCGGUCGAUCUCGUUCCCAUUCUCGUUCAGAAUCCAGGUCUAGCUCAAAAUCCCGAUCUAGGAGGAAAAGAUCACACUCAAAACACAGAAGUAGAUCUGGCAACAGAUCAGUCUCAAGACACAAGGACAGACGCAGGUCCAGAAGUCCUGUGAAAAAACGUUCUAGAUCUAGGGAAAGGCGGAAAUCAAGAAGUCGCUCUCGUUCUCGGGACAAGAAAAGAGACAAAGAAAAGGUCAAGGAAAAAGAAAAAGUCAAAGAGAAAGAGAGAGACAGAGACAAGGAAAAAGACCGAGACAAAGAUAGAGAACGUGAUAAAGAGAGAAACAGGGAGAGAGAUAAAGAGAGAAACAAAGAUAGGGAGCGAGUCAAAGACAAGGAUAAGGACAGGGACAAGGAUAAGGAGAAAGAUAAGGAGAAGGAAAAAGCCAGGGAAGAGGUAGACCAGGACAAGGAAAAGGAAGAUGCUGAGAAAGAAGGAGAGAAGGACAGAGAGAAAAUUAAGGACAAGGAAGGAGAUAAGGACAAAGAGAGGGAAAGAGAGAAAGAAAAAGAUGGGGAUAAGGAGAAAGAGCGAGAAAAAGAGAGAGAUGAUAAAAAGAAGAAAGAGAAGAGAUCCAGAACACCCCCAAGAAGCUAUAGUUCCUCAAGAAGAUCUCGUAGCUCGAGCAGAGGAAGGCGUAAAAGGAAGAGUAGAAGUCCCUCCAAGUCUCCUAAAUCAUCCAAAACAACAAAAAGAAAGUCUUCACGAACUCCUUCUCCAAGAAGAAGCAAGAAAGAAAAAAAGAGAGAGCGAGAUACAAAUAAUGAAAGAAGAGAAAGAGAACGCUCCACCUCCAAGAAAAAAAGUAGUAAAGAAAAAGAGGGAAAGGAGAAAUCUGACAAACACACCAGUACCUUGAAGGACAAAGAUCACACUAAAGAGGAUCAGAAUUCAGAAACUGACAAGGAAGUAGACAGCAGAGAUACAGAAAGGACAGAUGAAGUCAAACUACAACAGAAUGGGAACUGUCAACCAAAUGAAGAAAACCUCUCAAUUAAAAUAGAAGAGGUUUAAAGCAAAGAGUGGGCAUCCGAUUCAACUAAGAAAUGAAAUCCAAAGCUUUUUAUUUCCCAGAAUGAGGAAGAAAAUAAAGCAAUCAACCUGAUCGUGUUGAUAGUACUAGUAGCUCUUUCCAAUUCUUGUGAUAGCUUUGUUGUCUUCUUGCUGUAAAGCAAGAGAGCACGGACCAGUAGUUAUACCAUGAAAAGGCAGAUGCCAUCAAAACUAUUCAUCUCUGAAAAUCCAUGUAUUCUCAUGAUGGCUGUACUUAUUUGUGAAAUGAUUUAUGUUGAGUUUUGCCAUGAGCUGUUACAAAUAAGUAGAAACUGAAAGAUGUAAACCUGUACUGCCCAAAAGAAGCUGAAGAUAUGCAUUGAAGUUUGUUUAAAAUUCUGCUUGUUGAUGAUUUUGUCUUGUUUUACCUUGUGGGUUAAAAAAAUCCACAAAAACUUCAAUGUGUACUGUUUGAUGUGCUUGGAAAUAGUGCGUAAAUAUACGCACUUUUUUCUGUUGUAAAUGACCCCAACAGAAAGGGGUUUUAAACAUAAACUCAGUUUUACACAUCUUUUGUUAAAUACCCACUGACCAGUAGGUUUUUCAUUUGCUUACUGCUUGAGAUUCUUGGGGUUUAUUAUUUGAAAGAACUUCUUACUAAUAUCCCUAAAAUUAAUAUUUCUUUUAAAGUAUUUGAACAAUGCAUGUUACUUUUCUGUUCGUAAAAGGGACACUGUUAUAUUAUAGAUAAUAGGUCAGAUUUACUGAGUUAUUUUGGGAUUGUUUAGUUUUGUUGUUUUCUUUGUCAUUCCAGAAGUGAGCACUUCUGUAUCAUAUUAUCUGAAUUACAGCUUUUGUUUUCAGCCGUACUGCAGUGUGUACAGCUGCAAAUAGUACAGGUGCCAUUAUGAAAAUAAAUUUUCCUUAUUUGAUUUAAAAACAAAAGUGGGAGCACAAGCAGACGCUUUAGUGCCUUCUUAAAAUGUGGUAUUUUCUAGAAACAUAUAUGUGCUAUUACUCAUUUUCAGCUAAAUCUUACAUGAUCUCUAUUGCUGUUUUGCCACCACCUUACUGUAGACAAGAAUGCAAAUGAUUUGUCAGAAUGGUUGCUGUAUUCACUUGUUAAAAUACUAAAGUUCCUUUUUUUUUUUUAAGAAGAGAUUUAUAGAUAAAAGCAAAGAUGCAGUUUGGGGACCACCACUGUACAAAAGUAGUUGCUGAAUACAAAGCGUUUUCUGAUCACCUGCAUCAAAGACAGCCCUUUAUAGAUGUUUAAUCUACAUCUGUAUGGCCUUAAUUAAUAAUGACCUGUCCCUCAUCUUAUAUCUGUUGGGUUAAACAGAAAGAAUUGCAUGUAAAGAAAAGGGCAAAACAAUCUGGGGAGAAAAUUCUAAUUACACAGGAGUUAAGUGGUAGAGAUUUUUGGUUUUGUUCAUUCUUUGGUGAGAAAGCACGUAAGAGAGAAUGACAAAGCAAAUAUUUUUGUCAAGUUAAAACAUGGGUUAUUCUCAGAGCUAACUUAAUUGGUUGCAUGAGAUUUCUUAAGAGUCAUUCCUUUAAAACUUACUAUUUUUAAUACAACUUAAUACAAUCAAAUGACUUAAUUGCCUUACCUCUUAGGAAGAGUUAUUGUUGAAUACAAUACAGUUGAAAAAAAAUCGCAAUAGUGUAUUAGCUACUUGCUUUUUUUAACUUUGCAUAGUGAAUUCUUCUAAAAACAAAAAAGGAAAAAAAAAUCCCAUAUUACAGGGAGUGAAAAAUUUGCCCAGUUCCUAAGGCAAUGAAACCCAGUUUGAUUGUGAAGCUGCUUAAUCACACUUCAUUCUCAGUAGGAUUUAAUGUUCUUGCCAGUGUGUACAUUUAAGACUAUAGAAAAUGCUUUACCAUGUAAAGUAUAGACAUUCAUUUUUGUGCUGUUGGCUGGUAAACAGCUUAUUCUGAUAAAAGAGUGACAAAUCUGUAUGCUUACAAGAAGACUAUGAAGGAAUGUGUCUUGCAACAACAGCUGUCUUAUUUAUGAUGUGUUAAGUAGCAUAGAGCAAAGAGAUUGUUUGUAUACUUGUUAUCUUUGGUACCAUUUCACUAAUAAAAUCAAGUAUUUUAGAGGGACGUUUCUGCUAGUACAUACUUAUUAAAGGAAUAUUUUUAGUUGAUCUGGGUCUCAUUCAUGCAGCUUCUUUUAUUAGAAAUCUCUAUACCAGUGAAAAUACAAAGGUAUUAUCAUAUCUUUGAAAAGCUGGGUUUCUUCUUUGGGAGGAAUUAUAAUUCUUUCGGUGUAACGUGCUUCAGCUGAUACUAGCUUGAUUUCUUGAGUUUUGUUAUCCUGAAAUUGCAUAGUUAUUAUAGAUCAGUUGCAAAAUAUAUAAAGGAUCGUGUACAGUUAGUUAAGCAACGUUCCUUUGGGAAUAAAUAGUUACGGAUGGCAGUCUUAUUAACUAACCCCACGUAUAAGUCCAUGUGCACCACACUGUUACAUUGUUUGUGAAUUAAUAAUUCCCUUACAAAAAGCCUUUUAUUUGUUUUGUUUUUAAAGGCAAAAACAAACCAACCAACCACCGAACCCAGACACUUCCCACCUCAAGUCAUAUUUUCUUAAACAUCUUAUAUUUUCUGGGUUUGCUUUGUAAAUAUUGUGCAGAUCUGUAGGGUAAAGUUUCGUCUAUUUGUAUUACGUGUUUUGCAGUUCCCUUCUUCCUAAAAAAAGCCACUAGUAGAAAACUAUUCUGUAAAAUGCCUGUUUCUGCAGAAGAUUGAUUGUUUUCAAACUGGUAGCAUAGCACAGUAAUGAAGCCUCUGCUUGCUCCAGCAGGAUUGUGUGCAUCAUCCAUUAAACUUGGUCAUACUCCACUAGGAUUGCCUUCAUUGUUAAUUGGUUUGCAUGCUGAGCUGCCAUGGUAGACUGCUUGGUUUUGCACUUCAUAAAUGAGAUUACAUGGAGUGAUGUUUUGAGAACAGUGUAGUUCAUGAUAGUGUUAUUGUUUUAAAUGUAAUUUCAUUUGAGUCAGUCUUUAUUUGAAAAUAUGGCAUAUAAUUGCUUAGAAAUGUGAUUUGCCAUUUUGCUAAGACCAUGUAAAGCACGUAUGUGUAAGUUCCUGUUAGUGGCUGCAGCUAUUUCACGGCAGUGUUUCUGGGUAACGGAUAGGCUUUUGAGGAAAGAAGAUCGAAGGCAACUGCUGGUGACUGAAACAGGAUUCCAAGCUCAAAGUUGAGGUGGCUGUGACAGAUAAGCUCAUCUAAGUCAAUAGGUUUACGCAAAUGUGAUGAAAUUUUGAUUGCAAACAUUAUUAGUAUGAUAUGAAAAGAAUAUUUUUAGAACUAAAGGGAAAAAAGACACUUAGAAUCUAGAAACAUUAGGAAUACCUGAGAUACCAGUGAGAUGUAAGUUUUACCUACUCAUUAGUAACACGCUCUCUUUUAAUGGCACUUUCAGAUCGGUGCAUCUGAACUAGCUUUGAAUUAUCUGGCUAAUAGCAGCAAUCUGGGCACAGCUUGUAUUCUGAAAUGAGCUGUGGUCACUUGUGUUUCCUCUAUUGUAAAGAAGGUAAAUUCCAUAGCCUUUAGCAUAGCUUGCAUUGCUUGCUAGUGUUCCUUGGGCCAGUUACAUCUAAGGCAGUACCUGAAAUAACUGAAACUGCAAAUGUUUGUUACAUGGUAGCUUCUCUGUGUUGCCUUCAGCAUGUACUGGUAUUUUUGUAAUAGUUACUAGAUCUGGGGAUUUCUGUGAUUUUCUUUUGAUCUCAGGAGGAGAUAAGAGGCAAAGGCUGCUUUGUGUGAUAAAAUUUUAUACUUCAUACCUGUCCUUAUUCUGUACUUUUUUCAUUCAUGUAUGACUAUUGCAAGCAGUAACGCGAUAGUGAUUGGUAUGUAUUUUCUAGGACUGAGUCAUCUCUGCAUCCCUGUCUUCUUGUUAGUUUGUAAUCAAACAAGGGAAAAAAAAAGCCAGACAAAAAUAAUCUUGAAUUUUGUAAAUGUUAGUGUGAAAAUUGCAUUAUAGCAGUUAACCAGCUAAUUGUGAAUUCUGAACAAUGACUUGCAAACUGGGGCAUAUUAUGGGUACUGCCUGCCACUUGAUGUACUUCUCGUUUUAUAGUAAUUGAUUAUUGCUUUUGGUGUUAUUAUGAUUUUAAAAGUGAGAAUUGGACUUGGAGACACAAAUGCUGAGACCUGUAAAUGGCUAAAGUAAUGUAGGCACUUAGUUCAGAAAGAUGUGGUUUUCUCACCAGAGGCUGGAGCGUGGGCAGUUGAAAUCUGUAGAUACCGUUAUUACCUAAAGAGAAUCUAAAACUUAAUUUUGGUUGCUAAUGUAUGUAAACAGAAAAAAAGUUUUGAGCCUGUACCUUAGGUUUAUUUUUAUAUGUUUAAACUGUAAUUAAAAUAAUAUUGAAAACUAA